GGCUCACAGGUUUCCGGCUGGUGAACGGCAGCUCAGAGUGCUCAGGGAGGGUGGAGAUCCAGGUUCUUGGGAGCAGGCGGAUCAGACUGGUGAAUGGGGCAGGUCGCUGUGCCGGGAGAGUGGAGAUUUAUUACAAUGGCAGCUGGGGGACAGUCUGUGAUGAUUCCUGGGAUCUGUCAGACUCCAAUGUCGUUUGCAAACAACUUGGAUGUGGACACGCCAUCAAUGCAACUGUCUCUGCUCAUGAUGGGCAAGGAUCCGGGCAGAUCUGGCUGGAUGAUGUGAACUGCGCUGGGAAUGAAUCCAAUCUCUGGGACUGUCCUUCCAGGGGAUGGGGCCAGCACAACUGCAGACACAAAGAGGAUGCAGGAGUUCUCUGCUCAGACCGGGAGAAGUUACGUGUCGUGGGAGGAGACGACAAAUGCUCGGGGACAGUGGAGGUUUGGUACCAUGGCUCCUGGGGAACAGUUUGUGAUGACUCCUGGGACAUGGCGGAUGCUAACGUUGUGUGUAAACAACUGGGCUGUGGAUCUGCUGUAUCUGCCCUGGGCGAGGCUGCAUUCGGUGAGGGGUCUGGUCCCAUCUGGGUACAGAUGGUGAACUGCAGAGGGACAGAGUCAUCUCUCUGGGACUGUUGUUCCAAGCCUUGGGGUGAGAGUAAUUGUGACCAUAAGGAAGAUGCUGCGGUGAAUUGCUCAGAGGGAGCAAAUAUGAAACUGAGGCUGGUGAAUGGAGGCAGCCCCUGUGCUGGGAGAGUGGAGGUUAAACACCAGGAUCAGUGGGGGACGGUGUGUGAUAACAACUGGGACAUGGAAGAUACUGAGGUGGUUUGUGCUGAUGAGCUGAGGCUGGUGAAUGGAGGCAGCCCCUGUGCCGGGAGAGUGGAGGUUAAACACCAGGAUCAGUGGGGGACGGUGUGUGAUGACAAAUGGGACAUGACAGAUGCUGGGGUUGUCUGUAAGCAGUUGGGAUGUGGAGCUGCUGUCAGUGCCCCUGGCUUGGCUCCAUUUGGACCAGGUUCUGGAACAAUUUGGCUGGAUGAAGUUGCCUGUGAUGGUACCGAGUCUGCUCUUUGGCAUUGUGGGAACGAGGGAUGGGGUAAGAGUGACUGCAUUCAUGAAGAGGAUGCUGGAGUGACCUGUUCAGGACACAUUAAGCCCCGACUGGUUGGAGGGCAUAGUGCCUGUUCGGGACGUGUGGAAAUAAGAGAUGGAGAAACAUGGACCACACUCUGUGUUGCCCACUUUGAUCUCAAAGCUGCCAACGUUAUCUGUAAUGAACUACAAUGUGGAAUAGUUCUGUCUAUCCCAGGAGGAGCUCACUUUGGAGAAGGACAUGGACCAAUCUGGACUGAAGCGUUCCAGUGUGCGGGGAAUGAGUCUCACCAUGCGUACUGUCCCAGGAUAUCGGACAUCAGUCAGACAUGCUCACACGCAAAUGAUGCUGGAGCCAUAUGCUCAGGGCACACAGGGCUCCGGCUGGUGAAUGGCAGCUCAGAGUGCUCAGGGAGGGUGGAGAUCCAGGUUCUUGGUGCCUGGCGAAACCUCUGUGACUCACGCUGGGAUUUACCAGAUGCCAACGUUCUCUGUCAUCAGCUCGACUGCGGAUUUGCUGUAUCAGCCCCAGGAGGAGGGUAUUUUGGGAGGGGAACUGGCUCUGUCUGGACAGACACAUUUCACUGUAAAGGAACUGAACCACAUUUGGGGUAUUGCCCUGUUACUGCCCUGGGGGCCUCUCAGUGCUCCCAUGACAAUGAUGCCAGUGUGGUUUGCUCAGGUCGCUCUGAAUCACUCAGACUGCUGAAUGGAGAGAGCCGGUGUGACGGGAGAGUCGAGAUUUCCCUCCGUGGUGUGAGGGGCAGAGUCCUGGAUGACCAGUGGGACAUGAACGAUGCCAGCGUGGUGUGCAGGCAGCUCCAGUGCGGAGUCGCUGAGAAAGCUUAUUACCCCCCUAAGUCUGAGCGAGGAACGGGCCCUGUGGGGCUGAGAAGGGUCCAGUGUGCAGGAAACGAGACUCGUCUGACUCUCUGUGACAACUCCACGUCUGAGACAGCCCAGGCAGGAAUUGCUGCGGACGUCGGUGUCGUUUGUUCAGGGAGCAGGCGGAUCAGACUGGUGAAUGGGACAAGUCGCUGUGCAGGGAGAGUGGAGAUUUAUUACAAUGGCAGCUGGGGGACGGUCUGUGAUGAUUUCUGGGAUCUGUCAGACUCCAAUGUCAUUUGCAAACAACUGGGAUGUGGACGUGCCAUCAAUGCAACUGUCUCUGCUCAUUAUGGGCAAGGAUCCGGGCAGAUCUGGCUGGAUGAUGUGAACUGCUCUGGGAAUGAAUCCGAUCUCUGGUCGUGUCCUUCCAGAGGCUGGGGCCAGCACAACUGCAGACACAAAGAGGAUUCAGGAGUUCUCUGCUCAGAAUUCACAGAUCUGAGGCUGGUGAGCGACAGUGACUGUGCUGGGCGGCUGGAGGUUUUCUACAAUGGGACAUGGGGCAGUGUUUGCUCCAAUCAGAUGUCUGAAGUUACCGCAGCAAUUGUCUGCAAACAACUGAACUGUGGAGACGGAGGGUAUAUUGCAGGAGGCUCUGAAUAUGGAAAGGGUCCCACAUGGCUGGACCAUGUUGCAUGCAAUGAGCAACACAGCUCCCUCUGGCAGUGCCCUUCAGAGCCCUGGAAUCCAAAGUCAUGUGAUAACCGAGCAGAAGAGACCCAUAUUUCUUGCACUGACAGGGAGAAGUUACGUGUUGUGGGAGGAAAGGACAGAUGCUCGGGGAGAGUGGAGGUUUGGUACCGUGGCUCCUGGGGAACAGUUUGUGAUGACUCCUGGGACAUGGCAGAUGCUAACGUUGUGUGUAAACAACUGGGCUGUGGAUCUGCUGUAUCUGCCCCUGGUGAGGCUGCAUUUGACGAGGGGACUGGUCCAAUCUGGGUGGAGACGUUGAAUUGCAGAGGGACAGAGUCAUCUCUCUGGGACUGUUGUUCCAAGCCCUGGGGUGAGAGUAACUGUGACCAUAAGGAAGAUGCUGCGGUGAAUUGCUCAGGUCUGAUAGAGAGGACAGAUUCCCCGAAUACCCCAGCUCCCCCACGCCGCCCUCUGACCGACAGUGGGAGAGUCACAGUGCCCGUGGUCAUCUGCAUUAUCCUGGGGACCCUGCUCUGCCUGGUCUUAAUUAUCCUGGGGGCACAGGUGCGAAGUGCCAGGGCACAAAGCAGAGGUUCCAGAAGACCCUUGGAUCCCUUCUCUGAGGCCGUGUACGAGGAGAUUGACUAUAACCUGAUGAGAGAGAAGCAGGAGAUGUUCAGUCGCUCAGUCUCCUAUUCAGAUGAUUCAGUGACGAAGCUGCAGUAUUACACCGGGGACAGCGAGGGGGAAAACGAUCCUGGAUCAGAACAAGAGGGAGCUUCCCCGGGGGGGUCUCAGUUGGAUUACGAUAACGUGGAGGAGCCUGAGUUGAACGACGUCCCCCAGACUCCAGAUGGCCGAGAUGCCCCUGCCCUGCCGGGAGAUGUCCCAGGGGAUGGUUAUGAUGAUGCCAGAGAAGUGUCUGUCCCUGAAGAGGACCCUGCUUUGGGGCAGAAUGAUGAACAAGGCACUGGGGCAAGUGACAGGGAUUCACAGACAGGCAAUAUCCUGGGCACAGCCAUGCAGUACCUGCAGCAGCUCCUCCAGAUGCCCUUUGGCUGCAGGGAGCAGAACAUGGUCCUGUUUGCUCCCAACAUCUACGUCCUGGACUAUCUGAAUAAAACGGGGCAGCUGAGUGAGGAGACCAAAUCCAAGGCCAUUGGAUACUUAGUCUGCGGGUACCAGAUGCAGCAGCUCUCUGCCUUCGUAUAUAAGUCACUUGCACAAGCCAAAUGCUACAUCCAUAUUGACGACAAGGUCCAUUCUCAAACUCUGGUCUGGCUGGCAAGCAAACAGAAGCCAGACUGCUGCUUCCAAAAUGCUGGGAAACUCUUCAAUAACACCUUGAAGGGAGGAGUAGAUGAUGAGUUUUCACUCACAGCCUAUAACACCAUGGCUUUGCUCGACGCUGGACAUCCCAGCUUGGCGUUAUGCUCCAGCAUGGCCAUUGUUGAUGGCAAGAUGCUCUCAGGCUUUGUCCCGGACGGUUCAUCCCUGUGGAAGCUUCAGGGUGAUCGUAUGGUGAUGCAAGUGGAAACCAAGAACAACCGUGGCCUCUUCAACUUGGAGAGUGCCUCACAGAAGAAUAUCACUUUCUCUUUCUCAGUUGAGCAAGAACUUCUUGCGGUCAACAUCAAACCAGCUUCAGUGCUGAUCUACGAUCACUAUGAAAUAGGUAGGAGGCCUGGCUGA